AUGGCGACGUUUACGGUUCCAGCAGACUUCCUCGCGGGUCCUGGACCCGAAGUGAACGUAACACGGGUGGACUUUGCUCAAACGCAAUGCCCCGAGUUCGCCGGGUCAUAUGCAGUGGUGCUCGACAACGUCCUCAGUCCAGACGAAUGCACACAACUCGUCAAUUUCGCCGAGCAGUCUUCGGGGGGCGAACCGGGCAACGGGAAAUGGGAGCGCGCCAUGGUCAACAUCGGCGGCGGCAAGCAGAAGAUCUACACUGAUAUCCGAAACUGUGACCGCAUCAUCUGGGAUGAUCCUGUCCUCGUCGAUCGCAUCUGGCAGCGUUGCAGACCUCAUGUGCCCGAGGUAGAGAAAUUGAAGGACAACAAAUCCGUCAUGGGGCUUCGUCCGGUCCAGAGGGGGGAGAGCUAUGUCAUGACCAGAUUGAAUGAAAGGAUGCGGUUUUUGAAAUAUGCCGGUGGCGAGUACUUUAAUGGUAAGAGGGCUCACCCCGUUUGGAUUUUGAUCUUGACUGAGCGGUUAAAUCUUCAUCAUGUCGGAGCUAAUGCAUUGGUGGUCCCCACAGUCCACUGUGAUGGGAUGUACAUUACUCCAGACAACAGUGAAUGCUCCUUCUACACGCUGCAUCUGUACCUGAAUCAAAGAGAUGCGGACAAUGAUCUUGUCGGCGGCGCAACAAGUUUCCACGGACAAGAUAUGGAGAGAGAAUACAACGUCUUCCCAAAGACUGGCCGUGUCUUGCUUUUCCAGCAUAGAGGCCUCUGGCAUUCAGGCCAGCAGGUCGAGGCUGGUGUGAAGUAUACCUUGCGAACUGAUCUGAUGUUCAAACGCGAUGAUCAAGAGAGUGAAGGGAGGAAUUAA